UUUGUGCUAGUUUGACGGUGCUGCGAGCGAGCAGACAGAGAGGAACGGCAUCUUAAAAAGAAACCGACUUGGAAAAACUACUUAGUGGUAAAAGAGCUUCUAGUUCUGGCCUUGAAGGGGCGCCAGCAUGAGUCAGGAGUCACUGGAGUCAGAUGGAGACUCUACUCAGGAUGUAUGCGACUUCAACUGGGACGACUACCUGGAGGAGACUGGAGCCAAUUCUGUGCCCCAUCAUGCCUUCACACAUGUGGAUCAGGACCCACAUACGGGCUUGACCCCUGGCAUGAAGCUCGAGGUGUGCGUGCGUUCAGAGGCAGACAGUCCUUACUGGGUGGCCAGUAUCAUUACCACAUGUGGCCAGCUGCUGCUCCUACGUUAUGAGGGAUACCAGGAUGACCGGCGUGCAGACUUCUGGUGUGACAUCAUGACAGCAGACCUUCAUCCUCUGGGCUGGAGCCGCCAGCAUGGGAAGACUAUGAGAGCCCCUGAGGGUCUGCGUGAGAGGCACCAGGACUGGGAGACUUUGCUUGAAAAGGCCCUGGCUGAGGACUGCAGUGCUCCUGCCAACCUGCUGGAAUUGCCCCACCGUGGUAGAGACCCAGUGGAGCUCUUGUGUGCCGGCUGUUUUGUGGAGCUGCAGGACAGUCUUGAUCCAGGUCUGGCCUGGGCUGCUGAGGUGGAGGAGAAUGUUGGGGGAAGGCUGAAGCUGCGCCUGGUUGGCACAGAGGGCCUCCCUGACACACCUACGACACUCUGGCUCUUUUACCUCCACUCACGCCUCCACCCACCCGGUUGGUCCAAAGAGCAUGGUUUAACCCUGAGACCUCCAACAGAGCUGUUGGGCCUGCGGACCGAGGAGGAGUGGGAGGAGGUGAAACAGAAGAUCAGUGAUCUGCCUCAGGAUGAAGCACUCACAGCCGAGCUCACAAAGGAUCAGCCUUCCAUUGCUGCUCAUUGUUUCAAAGAAGGGAUGAAACUAGAGGCUGUUGAACCUGCUGCUCCAAUUUCCAUCAGACCUGCCACUGUCACCAAGGUGUUCAAUGAAAAGUACUUCCUGGUGACAUUGGAUGACCUUUGUGGUAUUGAGGAGUCAGAGGGCGCUGGGCGGUCCUUCCUGUGUCACAGGGACAGUCCGGGGAUCUUUCCUGCUCAGUGGAGCCUCAAAAAUGGGGUUCCUCUCAGUCCUCCACCAGGAUACCAGAGCCUUGACUUUGACUGGGCAGACUAUCUGAAGCAGUGUGAGGCUGAGGCAGCUCCUCAGCAUUGCUUUCCAGCAGAACAGUGUGACCACAGCUUCAAAGGGGCUAUGAAAUUGGAGGCUGUCAAUCCAUUGUCACCUGAGAACAUUCACGUGGCCACCAUAUCCACGGUCAAAGGGCAGUAUAUUUGGCUCAACCUUGAAGGACUGAAACAACCCAUGCCAGAGCUGAUAAUUCAUGUCAACUCCCUGGACAUCUUUCCUGUCAGCUGGUGUGAGACAAACGGAUAUCCACUUGUUUACCCAAUCAAGCCCUCAGUUGAGAAAGAGAAGAAAAUUGCUGUAGUGCAGCCUGAGAAACAAACACCACCAAAGUCUUCGUCACCUGACAGUGUCAAACAGCAGGCGGUUAGCCAGUCAGACACAGGUGCAGGUCAGGGAAAUGGUAAAUACUGCUGUCCUAAGAUUUAUUUCAAUCAUCGUUGUUUCUCUGGGCCUUACCUCAACAAAGGACGCAUUACUGAGCUGCCUCAGUUUAUUGGUCCCGGGAACUGUGUCCUUGUGCUCAAAGAGGUACUGACGUUGCUGAUAAACUCUGCAUACAAGCCGAGCCGUGUGCUGAGAGAGCUGCAGCUGGAUCAGGAGAGCCGCUGGCAAGGCCAUGGAGAGACUCUCAAAGCCAAGUAUAAGGGGAAGAGUUACAGGGCCACUGUGGAAAUAGUUCGCACUGCAGAUCGUGUGGCAGACUUCUGCAGGAAAACUUGCAUUAAGCUCCAGUGCUGCCCAAACCUGUUUGGGCCUCGCAUGGUUGUGGAGCACUGCUCAGAGAACUGCUCUGUCCUCACCAAAACCAAAUACAACAGUACACAAAACCUCCACAUAGCAUAUUAUAAUGGAAAGAAGAAGAGUAAGCGUGUUGGUCGACCAGUUGGGGGCAACGCCAAUAUGGAAAGCGGAAUAAAAAGAAGAGGAAGGAGGAGGAAGAGAAGGAAGCAGCUUUUUGUCCACAAGAAGAGACGUUCUUCAGCGUCAUUGGACAACACACCUGCUGGGUCUCCACAGGGCAGUGGAGAGGAAGAAGAUCUCGAUGAGGAUGACUCCUUGAGUGAUGACUCUGGCUCUGAGCUGCAGGAUGAUCUCCAGGAUGAUUCUGAACAGUCAGUUGGAAAGUCCCAGCCCACCACACCGUCAGCCUCUCCACCAGCAACACCCAGGCCUACACGCCGCCGACGGAAACCCCGCUCACCCUCCUUCUCUGAUGAUGAGAACAGACCUCCUUCACCAAAGGUCUCAAAGAAUGAGCCUCCUCAGAAGUUGUGUUUGGAUACCAGCCCCCUGGAGUGGAGCGUUACUGAUGUGGUUCGCUUUAUCAGGACCACCGACUGUGCCCCUCUUGCACGGAUCUUCCUGGAUCAGGAGAUUGAUGGACAAGCUCUGCUCCUGCUUAACCUUCCAACAGUACAAGAGUGUAUGGACCUGAAGCUGGGGCCGGCCAUCAAGCUGUGUCACCACAUCGAGAGGGUCAAACUGGCAUUUUAUCAACAGUUUGCCACGUAGCUGCCGGAGAACUGACACAGACAUUACGGCAUUGUGUUAUCUGUUUUAAACCUGUGAAAAACUGUUUUCAUAUUUUGUCAUUUUCACUGAUCUAACACUGGACAUCUUUUGGACUCCUGUGCCCACAACCACAACUCGAAUAAGCAGGGACAGGAGGCAGAGGAAGUGACUUUUACCCUUGCAAAAUGAAUGGUCAAAAUGUAGGGAACUGCACAUGUUUAAAAUACUGAAAUGUCAAACUGAAAAGAAAAAAAAAAAAAUCCAACUAAACGGCAGUCGAGAUUUGUACACAAAGGUGAAUAACACUUUAUAAAACAUUCAUAAAAAUGUUAAAGAACCUUUUGAAUCCAGAGCAUUUUGACUAAAAAGUAAAUGUUCAGUGUUUUAUUUGUACGUUUUUGUCAGGAAUGUGGUGGUUUUAAGACACAGGGUAGAGAGUCUGUUUGUGUUCAGCUAAAUGCUUUUUAAUUUAUUUGUGGCUUUGAGUGCCUCAGAUUAUUUACUUCAUGCUUUGUGAGAAGUAGAUUGUUGUCUAUUCUUGGCUUUCUGUCAGUCUUCUUAACUGCAAAAUUGAUGUUAUUUUGUGAACAUCAGAUGUUUGUAUUUGCUGAUGAACAACUGAAGUCAGAAACUUGUUUUUAACCUCCUUAUUGUGUUGAUGCUUAUGUGAAAGAAAUCUGUUCUUCACGACAUGCAAUUAUCUUCACGAUGUGUGUGGUGCAAAUGAUGGUUCAUGCUGUAUAUGAUAGUCAGCUUUGUUCCUUAAAAUAUCAAUUUUAUUGGAGAGUCCCAAAUUUGCAGUAACAAUGGGUUUGGACUUCCGGUUACAGAUUUGUGCCACUCUUCACAGUUUUAAAGAAUCAAGUAAACAAAUUAAUUCAUGUACACAUUUGAAAGCAACUAUGCAUGUUGUCAAGUGGAUUUGAUUUCAGCCUACAUGUUGGAACUGUCACUGGUUUGUUAUUCAUGCAGUAAAUCUGCAAUGCCAAGUUGCACUGUACUGACACAUCCUUAAACGGUUUGAAAUAGCCAAUCAAAUACAAAAAUUUAAACAUCUCUUGUUCACAAAGGCCCCUAAAUGUUCUCCACAUUUUAAGACAUGAUGCCGCCUACUCAGGGUCACUCCAGCAGAUCUGGUACGGCUCUGCAUGUUGACUUGGUGCAAGUUUUUUGCUGGAUGUCAGUUCUAGCAACUCCGGAUGUAUAAGAAGAAUGAGGCACGAAUAGCCUUGAAUCGGGAACCGUUGCAUUGGGAGGCAAGCGCAUUAACAUCUUUAAACUUUCAUUUGUCUGAAUUUAUACAUGCCGCAAUGCGCAAAACUAGCAAGUAGCCUUCAACACAGAAUCCCUCAUCUAUUCAUUUUGAGAAAUGGGGGAGGGAUAUAAAAGAUGUUCAUGAUCAGCAGUAAAACAUUCAAAGUGUAGUGAAGUUCUCUGUCUUAGCACCACAGCUGUCCUUAAAUAGUUCUACAAUUUUCUUAAAUGUGACAGCACAUUCAAAUACGUAUGAGAUAUGAUAGCUCGUAUGCAUAAACUUCCAUGUAGAAGUGAAGCUGUCUGUUUUAUCUUUCAUUAGCAAAGACUUUUUGCAGUGGAAAACUUUCAUGGGUGGAAAUCACUUAAAACACAGUAUGAGUGUAUUGUGCACAAAUGUUAUUAGAAACUCUGCAAAGAAUAGCAAUUACAAGUUUCUUGGAUACUAAUAGCAAGCUU